AUGGGCACAUUUUUAGCAGGACAGGACGAUAGGGUCAUUGAUGAGGAAGGUGAUUUGGACGCGAUCUUAGAGCAACGUCGCGGCCGUGAUUAUGAUAGUGAUGUAGAGGAUGAAACAGAGACAGGCACACAGGUCGAGACGGUAGCAGAAGUUUAUAAUCAAACGAACGAGAGCAGACAGGGGCCGGCUCGGUCACGUCAGAGGUCUAGCGCCCAGGUGUCCAGCGUUACAUCGCCCAUGUGUGACGAGGAUCAAAAAGAUGACAUAAACCCAAUACUGAGCUUCCUACGAUCAAUGAAAGAAGAAGCUGACGAACAACGCAAAAAGGAGAAGGAAGAAGAUAAGAAACAGCGUAAGAAGGAGGUGGAAGAAGAUGAGAAACAACGUAAGAAGGAAGAAGAUGAGAAACAGCGUAACAAGGAGAAGGAAGAAGCUGAGAAACAACGUAAGAAGGAGAAGGAAGAAGCUGACGAACAGCUUAAGAAGGACACUGAGGGAAUAAUUUCGCAUAUAGGGGAAAUUCGUGGGGAAUUACUAACAAUAAAGAAAGAAUGUGGAGAAGCAAAACAAAUGUGA